AUGAAUGGGCUUCGGCCCACCCCAUUCUUGUCGCCGCAACAUCUGCCAUUCGCGAGCACAACCCACCCCACCGUGCCGCCCCUCGCCGCCCGACAGUUACGCGCCGAACGCAGCAUGCGCCGCAUGCCGGAUCGCGGCGACAGCAUGCCACUUCGCUCCGGCAGUGGGCACUCCGCACCGGCAUGGCUUGGCGCCUCCCACGCGGACGUACUAGCUUGGCACCUGGAACACUCAAGUGAUGGAACAGGAUGCAGCUAUAAGCACUGGAUAGCAAGUGGUCUCUGCUGCCCAGGGAGCCUUGCAACAACCGAGAAGUUGGGAAAUACGUGCCUGGCCGCUGAGCAUCAGACUGGAGGUUCUGCAGAGGUGCGCGUGGGCGGCGGGCGCGUCGGUGGGCCGCCGCGGCCACACGGUGCAUGUGCCAAUUGCACAACAGCCGUUCACUGUGUGCCAUUCUUGCAAUGCGCCAAAUCAAAGCGGCACUUU